AUGGCUAUCGGUGUUUACAAUGUGAAAGAUUACGGAGCAAUAGGAGAUGGCCAAACUGAUAACACAAAGGCUUUCGAAGCAGCAUGGAGUGCGGCAUGCACGGUGGAAGGGAGAACAACGAUAGUGAUCCCAGAGGGUGCAUACCUGCUUGGUCCAACAAUCUUCAGAGGGCCUUGCAAAGGCAUAAUGGAGGUGGAAGAUUCGAUGGACAAGGAGCUUCUGCAUGGCCUUAUAACCAAUGCAAAAAGAUACUCAAUUGCAAACCCCUACCGAAGGAUCAGUGCUCCUGGAGAUAGCCCCAACACUGAUGGCAUCCACAUCGCCGACUCGACCAAUAUCCAGGUUGCUAACUCGGUCAUCGGCACUGGUGAUGAUUGCAUCUCCAUCGGCUCGGGCUGCACCAAUUUGACCAUCUUUAAUGUGUUAUGCGGUCCUGGCCAUGGCAUCAGCGUCGGUAGUCUCGGCAAAAAUGCUGGUGAGAAAGAUGUCAUCGGGCUGAAAGUGAUGCAAUGCAAUCUUACCGGUACAACAAAUGGAAUGAGGAUCAAGACAUGGCAAUCUUCUUCAUCUAGUUUGAAGGCCACUGAUUUCCUCUUUGAACACAUCAUCAUGAACAAUGUCUAUAACCCUAUCAUCAUAGAUCAGAACUAUUGCCCAAAUGCUAAUUGUCCCGGAAAGGAUCCUUCUUUGGUUAAGAUCACGGAUAUCAAGUAUAGAAAUAUCACGGGGACAUUUGCCUCAUCAGUAGCUUAUAAACUAGUUUGCAGUGUGGCUGCACCAUGUGAGGGAGUGGAGCUCAGUGACAUUAGCUUGGAGUACAACGGAAAAGACAAGCAAGCCCAAAAUGCAACGUCUAUUUGUGUUAAUGUUUAUGGCAGCUCCAAUGGGAAUGUGAAACCUGACCCUUGCAUCUAA